GAGGCUUAUUACUUCCGUGUUUUAAUCGCUGUAUAGAUACAGUGACAAUAUUCCAGAGCAUCUUCAACGGUUUCUGCACCAUUUCCACACGCUUUCUGCGAAUAUUAUUCUCAAAUAUUUCUCGUGUGUUUCCGGACUUUCAAACACAAUGAUCUGGUUUCGAAUGCAGGGACACUCCCUGUUUCCUUACGAUUUCAUUCGUAGCUGUUCGAUAGGUCACUCUUAUCCACCUGAUGGUCAAGCACAUCUCACAGCUGUCGAACACUUUCGUUGUCCUACAGUAUACUAACUGUAACCGCACGUAGUAUAUUACAACUCUUUCACAACAACUCUCGAAUUACAAAGCUACCCCCGUAACCAUAGUAAAACCACACCCCUAAAUUAUACUAGCAUCGCUUUCAAGCUUUCUACCCGCGUCUUUCACUGCAGCCUUCGGGUAUGCUGUCUCGGAGGUCAUGCCAAGAGCGCCAGUGCUCGGGCGGCGUCGUUGACGAAGAAACGACUCGCUACGUCGGCCCAUCUCCGUGGCGCUUCGGCAGCGUCAUCUUCCUCGGCUUCUUCGUCAAGCUGUCGGGCAUCCUCUUCAUCCUGGUCGGCUUCAACUCGUCCGUACCGGCCCUGCGGCUCCUGGGAUUCGUCGUCAUCCCAAUCGGCAUCUUGGUCUUCAGUGGCGGCGUCCUCUGGGCCGCAAUGGAGAGUUGGCGCUACCGCGCCGCCCUCAUGGCCAUCCACGCUCUGGACCCGCUGGCUGCGUCCGGGGUGUUCCUCAACGGAACCUCGGUCAGUUCUGUGUCUGUGAACGUGCCGCCCAGGAGUGCCGUGCACUCGGCGCCCCCCGUGGACCCCGACGGCCCCAUGGCCGGCCUGGAACCCGUGCAGUUCAGCAAGUACCCCGUCGUACUCCCGGUGUACGCGGCACCGGCCCAGACGUCGGUCUCUUGACCCGGAAGAAACGCCCGCCGUACCGUGGUGGUGCCGCCGAACGCGGUGUGCGGACC